AAUUGAUAUAAAAAGUGUGAUGCAUAAGCCACCUAACGCAUCCAAUACUUUUGGAGCCGACACGUAAACGAUUUUAAAAUUUCUACGGAGUAUGCCGGUCAACCAAAACAGAAAAGGAAAACAUCAAGCCGCACCAAUUAAAUCAAAUCAAGUGGAGUUAAAAAUGAAAAAGUAAACUCACAAGAAACAUGAAGUCUGUUACACGGCCAGAUCUCAUGACCUUCCAAACAGUUGGGCGGUGAAUUUUCAUCGCACUCAACGCUCGUAGUACCUCCGGCGACAAUAUACUACGGCGAGCUCUCACCGGAGACAAAUAUCAACACAGCAAUUCGAGCGAGAGCCAAACGGGUAAGGCGAGAAAUCAACACAACGAUUCGAGCUCUUCUCUGGCCUCUCUGAUCGGCAACAAGGAAAGUCGAGAAAUCACCGCUUGUACUUCGCUUCAGUCGGCUCUCCAGUUCAGGGGCCCGGGAGUGACAGUACUGAUUUUGUCGUGGGUGAUCACGCUAUACACAUUGUGGCAAAUGGUGGAGAUGCAUGAGCCCGAAGGCGGGGGUACGGGGAAGAGGCUCGACCGGUACCACGAGUUAGGGCAAUACGCAUUCGGAGAGAAAAGAGGGCUAUAUAUUGUGGUGCCACAGCAGUUGGUGGUACAAAUUGGAGUUAACAUAGUUUACAUGGUGACUGGGGGCACAUCUUUGAUGAAGUUCUGUCAAACUGUUUUCCCUACUUGGAAACCGCUCAAGAGGACAUAUUUCAUUAUGAUAUUCGGAUCUGUUCACUUUGUCCUCUCCCAUCUUCCAAACUUCAACUCUAUCGCUUUGAUAUCUCUUGCGGCCGCAAUCAUGUCAUUGAGUUAUUCAACGAUAGCAUGGGUGGCAUCAGCCCACAAAGGGGCUCAACCAGAUGUGGACUACUCACUGAGGGCGCCGUCGACCGCCGGGAAAGUGUUCCGGUUCUUCAGCGCCUUAGGUGACGUGGCGUUCGCCUAUGCCGGCCACAACGUUGUUUUGGAGAUUCAGGCGAGCAUCCCGACCAGCCCCGAGGCGCCCUCCAAGAAACCCAUGAUGAAGGGCGUCUGGGUCGCCUACGCCGUCGUCAUGCUUUGCUAUUUUCCGGUGGCUUUCGUCGGCUACUGGGCUUUCGGGAACUCCGUGGAGGACAACAUUCUCAUUUCCCUUGAAAAACCUGCUUGGCUUAUCGCCACCGCUAACCUCUUUGUUGUCAUUCAUGUCAUUGGGAGCUAUCAGGUUUUUGCAAUGCCGCUCUUUGAUACUGUAGAAAGUUGGCUAGUAAGGUCAAUGCAUUUUAAGCCGACAUGGUACCUUCGGGCCGUUUCUCGUACGACUUAUGUGGCAUUAACUUUAUUCUUGGCUUGCACAUUCCCGUUCUUUGGCGGGUUGCUUGGAUUUUUCGGAGGCUUUGCUUUUGCACCGACCACCUACUUCCUUCCCUGCAUCAUAUGGCUCAAGAUUAAGAAGCCCAAGAUAUUAAGUUGGACAUGGAUCAUAAACAUUAUAUGCAUUAUCCUUGGAAUUUCUCUAAUGGUGGUAGCUCCAAUAGGCGCAUUAAGACAGAUAAUAUUGCAAGCCAAAGAUUACAAGUUCUAUUCAUAGCUAUGCAUUACGAAUCCAAACUGUUUCUAGGAUUUAGUUCUAUUCUUUACGUUUUUUAGUAAUAAUUACAUAUGAUAACUUCGAAUAUUUGUCCACUGUAUAUGGCUCUGAUCAAAUAAGCUAGGUCAGACAGGGAUUGAUCGGAAUUUGGCUGAGGCAUUUUUAGUUAAUUAGCUCCUCAAGUAAAGAGAUUAUUGUUCUAUUGUUUAGCUAAUUAAUACUUCGUAUAUGAGUAAUUGUCCUAAGUAGGACUAAAACAUAAUGAAAAUCCACUGAUAGGACCUUAAAUUUUGUAUUCCUUAAAUGAGAUUAUAUUAGUCCUAUGUAGAAACAUGAUACCCUUGUAAUUUCCGUACGUAUGUUUGUGUUUUUAGUUAGUUUUUGUUGUUUGAUA